GGAAUUUUCUUUCAAGCAACGUUCAUGAUCAGAGAGUAUUUUUGGGUUUUGACUUGUUACGAGUGAAAUGUUAUUUCCUGCUUUCACGUUCCAUUUUCUAUUCGGUUGACUAAAUUGUGGUUUAUUGAAGUUUAUGGACUAAAUUGUUACUAGACUAGAUAAACUAAACCAUACCUCUACGAAACUUUAAGGAUCAAAUCUGUUUGCCUUAUGACUUCUUUCUUAAGUGUUUGUCGUUUGCUCGUUGGUCUUUUGCUGACUUUGGCUUAACGUUCAUGUGUUCUCUAGCUUUGAUUUCCUUUCUGGAUAUGGUUUGUUAUGAUUUUAAGUGUUUGCCUUUUGAUGUCUCUUCGUUGUAUCUCAAUAGUAUUGUCUUCUUUUGUUAUUCUCAACUGCUUUAUUCUCUUGAAGGCUAAUGUAUAUUUUUAGGCCUUGGUCUCUUUUAAACUAGUAUAUAUCUUAAACUAACAUAACAUAAUGAGAAUCAUCUUUUUUUGACUACUUCAACACUAAAGUACAUAUAAGCAGUUUGAUACAAUAACCAAAAGAAUGUUGUGGAAAUAUAAGUAAUAAAACACAAAGCUAACAAAAAUACUUGGACUCAACUUUUAGACUAUACCUUUCUCUAACAACAUUUUACUUCUCAAUAUCCAAUGCAUCCAUACCAGCAUAAAUGAAGAUAAAAAUCUCUGCCACAAAAGAUAAUGUUGCAAAAGCAUGGCUGUAAGUAUCAAUGAGUGAUCACAAACAAAUCAAUUCUAUAAAUACUUCAGCAUAAGAUUUCAAUUACAAUAAAACUUGAAAAUGAGGUUUCAAGCAAAAGAAUAAACGUAUCGUGGUAUGAGUUUGGAACUAUCAUUCCCGUUAUUCCAAGAUGUGUAGUGAGACAUGACAACCCCACAGAAGAAGACACUAAGAAUACCACUAAGAAGAAACAACUGCAAUAAUAAACUAUGAAUAUGUCAUCACAAAGGAAAUGGAAUAAAAAUUCAUACAAGUAAAGAUGAUUAUCCUUUUGACUUAACAACACAUAAGGAGAAGACUUACUUCAACAAUCUUAUACGAGAGGUAGACCAUCAAAAUCAUUGGAACAACUUCAUAAUCUGUAGGGUGCCUGAGAUGUGUUAUAUAACAUCUAUAUUAAUAAGCCAAGCACACCUUGCAAGUAAAUGUAAUUAACUGCACGGAAGUAUACUAUUAGUGAAUGUAACCCUUCACACGAUCUCCUCAAUGAGAUCUUCAGAUUGUUACAGGACAAGGGAAAGAUAAUAUACAUCCCUACAUUUAGUCAUUUGAACGAUAAAAAGAAAUUGAACAAUAUUCGUACCUGCCUAAGUAUAGUUCGUUUAUGAUAAAUGCACAUAGCAGCCCAACCUCCAAAAAAGAAAAUUAAAAAAUAUAAAGAUAUAACAAAAAAUCAAUGUAACCAAAGAGAAAACAUAAAUGAAUAAAAAGAACAACAAAUAAACGAACUUAUUUUUAGACCAUGAAUAUUAGAAGUUUCCAUUUUAACUUACUUUAUAUAAUUUAACAAACUAUAAAAGUUCAAUUGUUUUACAAAUCUUCACUGAGGGGGCAGAGCAAAAACAUAUAUACCUAAGAGAGCGGGAAAAUUGUAUACAUUUUAUAUUCAAUAAUUCAAUUGAAUUUCAGUUGGAAAAUCCUAACAUAGCAUUAGGUAAAGGAUACUGUAGUAAAAGAUUUAAUCACCAUAAUGAGAAUCUAUCUUAAUGAGAAUCUAUCUUUUUGUGUUUUAAUAUAUACAUAUCUACGCACAUUUGAGGAGUGCUUUACACAUACACGCACGAGAGAUAAUGAGUGCCUAGACAAAUUUUGCUCUCCUUGACUAUUUUUGUUACUAUUUCAUGUUCAAGUCAAUUCCAUCCUAUUCCAAAGAGAUAUUGAUACAUUUGAAGAGUUUUAUAGGUUUUAGAAGUGCAUCUUUAUUGGUUGCAAAUGCAACUCCAGAGAACUCUUAGUGGCAAGUUAUAAGAAGCCAAACCUUUAUUACUAAGCAAUACCAAUAUUUAAGAGAUGAUGAUUAUCCUAAACACAUAAAACUAAAAGCAAUCUUGUAUGACUAAACAAGUAUGGAAAAAGUAGGUUAAGUUCAUAGAUAUGAUUCACCUUUUUAGUCUGUGUGCCAAUUCCAUAGGGACUACCUAGUCGGCUGUGUCAAAUGUUAAUCAUCUCAUUAGAACAGUAGAACAAGUUUUAAGAAAGGAAAACCAAACUCUGAAAUGUUCUAUAAUGAGUGAAAUUACAUUAGUAAUCUUGGGAAGAUUUGACAAUUUCCUUUCCUCGUGUAAUGCUUGAAUCAGCUCCUUCUUUUGUUUACGGUUUUCAGUACACAAUUCCUAUAGUAAAAUCAAUUGACAUUUUAAAAUUUAAAGUAAGCUAUUUGCUGACAACAGAAAACUAAAUAGUUUUAAUAACAUUACAGGGUUGAACACACGGAGCCUCCCAUAGUAAUAGAAAUGGCUAAAGUGUCAACUUUGCAGUAUUUUGAUUGAUUGGUGCAUCUUGGUAUGGUGCAGUUUUUGUAUACCUAGGAUACAGUUUGGUUGUGUUUUUGUUUUUUUCUUUUUUUUAUAGAAUAGGGUUUUGUCUACCGUAGCUAAGAGCUAUAUAGAUGUCUGUAAAAGUUCCUUGGCUCCUGGAUUAUAGAAGACUUUGACAAUCGCUUUUAAAUUUGUUGAGCGGAAGUAACACUCAUGAAUGAUGUUCUAUUCUUGAUCAUAAUUUUGAGCCUGAACUCUAUGCGUGCCCAUCAUUUUAGUUGCUUGCCCACUCUCUCUCUCUGGUUGGGGAUGGUGAAGUACCUCAAUGCUGUUGGAAAGGGAGUGGUGAAGUACUUUGAUGCUGUUGGAAAGGGAGUUUAUAAUUUGAAGGACCAUAAGAAAUAUAGCUUCCGGAUUUGGCUUUAUGUAUUUAUUCAUUUAUUUGUUACUAGUUUUUGUUUUUUAGUAGUUCCAUGUGAAACCAAUUCAUAAUUGCUCAAUUUAUUUUUCAUCAAGGAUAUUUAGAUCAAGAAGUUGAUUUAUUUAUGGGGAAAAAGUCAAGUUGUAACCUUAAACUUCAUAGAUUGAGUCUGUUGAAAUUCUAAACUAGUAACUGUACCAAUUAAAUGCAAUCAAUUCUAGGCCCUUUGUUAGGAUUUCAUUUUAAAACCAUAAUUUUCAUGUGUAAACCAUUAAGUUGAUCCUUUUUUAGGUUUCCGUUUUGCACAACUUAAUUACAUACAGGAACUAAGUGGGCAGUAGUGAGUAGUAAUGACUUGCAUUAAUAUGACCGCAUUUUUUUUUUUUUUUAAUUUUGUCUGCUUUCUCUAAUGUUCUCUACUUAUUUUGGAAGAACUACCCUUUAUUUUUGGUAGAUUUAUGUAUCAAUUACUUGCUGUUAUUGCCAUUCUUGUUGUACUAUUUUUCUUUUUCUUGUAAAGUUGCCUCCUUCCAUAUCUCCAAAUACUUUUAUUUACUUCCGAAUACUUUUAUUUACUUCAUUAAUUUUCUACUUCAAUUCCUCCCAAGGCCAAACCAUUCUUUUCUACCGUCAUGUGUUACCCUUGAAGCCUCAAAUUGAUAUUCCAAGAAACCACUUUCUUGCGAUUCUUCCUUCCGCCCUCUGUACGACUAUUCUUCCCCAGCGGCGGCACCUUCCGCUGCAGCAGCAUCAGACAGACAACGGUGUCACAUUUGGACGAGCAACGACGCUACAGUAUGAGCGGCAGUAUCUUUGAACGGCAGAUUUUUCUGAUUUCUACAUGUUUGUUGGGUCGAUUUUAGUUUGCUUAUGAAAAUUGUUGUCUAUCGGGACUUCUCGAACUGUUGUGUGCUACAAUUUUUCUUUUGAUUUCUUGAAUGUGUUUUUCAAUUGAGGCGUUGUUCAUCUGUAUAUCUCUUUAGUCUUUGCUGACAUUACCUUGGUCUGUCCAUUGGGGAACAUGGAACGGAGCUUGCUCACUUGAUGGUCAUACUUUUUGAAUGUAAGUUUUAUUGUGUUUUUGAAGAUUUGGAGUUCUUUCCUCGUUUGCUUGAAAUAUGACUUCAAGACCAGAACUACAAGCUCCUCCAGAAAUAUUCUACAACGAUGCAGAGGCUCGAAAAUAUACUUCAUCCUCGCGUAUCAUCGAAAUUCAGGCAAAAAUCACAGAUAGAGCAUUGGAGCUUCUUACUUUGUCUGAUGACGGAGUCCCCAGAUUGCUUCUUGAUAUUGGCUGUGGAUCGGGUCUGAGUGGGGAAACAUUGUCUGAGCAUGGGCACCAGUGGAUUGGUUUGGAUAUAUCUCAAUCAAUGCUUAAUGUUGCAUUGGAGCGGGAGACUGAUGGUGAACUUUUACUUGGUGACAUGGGUCAGGGAUUAGGAAUUCGUCCUGGAGUUGUUGAUGGGGCUAUUAGCAUCUCUGCGGUUCAGUGGUUGUGCAACGCUGACAAGUCCUCUCAUAAUCCUCGACUAAGAUUGAAGGCCUUCUUUGAAUCGCUAUACAAAUGCUUAGCUAGGGGUGCAAGAGCAGUGUUGCAAGUUUAUCCUGAAAAUGUGCACCAGCGUGAGUUGAUUCUAGGUUUUGCCAUGCGAGCAGGAUUUGCUGGUGGUGUCGUCGUUGAUUACCCACACAGUGCGAGGAGUAGAAAAGAGUACCUAGUGCUGACUUGCGGUCCGCCAUCAAUUAGUACAACUGUUCCAAAGGGAAAAGAUGGAGACUGUGAGAGCUGUUCUGAUGAUGAUGUUGCUGAAGAUGAUGAAAAUCAAACCGUUCGUAUGGCAGCACCAAGGAAAAGGCAGAAAAUCAUGAAGAGAGGCAGAGGAAGAGAGUGGGUACUGAAGAAGAAGGAACAGAUGAGAAGAAAAGGAAACAUUGUCCCUCCUGACUCGAAAUACACAGCCCGAAAACGCAAGGCUUGCUUUUGAAUAUUGCAUUUUUCAUUUUAUUCUUGUGAUUACUUAAGCUAUUACAUAAAAAGUUAUAAGAAUUAUUGAGCUUUGAUUGAAUUUUUCCGUCCGUCUUCAAAUUCAACCAUAUAUAUUAUGUAUAUGGUGAAUGGAUUGAAGGCAGAGUGAAAUUUUGUAGUAUAUGUUAUCAGUUAUAUUAUUGAGAUUAGUUUUUAUAA